ACAAUUCCCGAGUCGACUUCAGCUGUGUGCGCUGCUCUGCUUCGCUGCUCAUAUUCGUAUGUUUGUGUCUGCUUCCAUGCAUGUGUGCGUGUGUGUUUGUGCGUGUGUGCGCUGUGGUAUUUGUGUGUGUGUGCGUGUGCAAAAUCAGAGUCUUUGAAAAAACAGAAAACUCAUCAACGGCCCAAAAACAAAGUUCCUAUUUUACACAAUUCGUGUCCGUGUUCAGCAUAAAAGUGGCCAAAAUUCGGCGAAAACAGCGCAAGAGUGAUAAAACCAACGUGCCACAGCCGUCUGCAAAACGAACGAAAACAAAAGAGAAUAGCGUUGAUAGUACAACAAGCAUUUUAAGCAGUGGCAGUGGCAGCAGCAGCGGCGCCGGCAGCAGAGCCAGCAGCAGCAACAACAACAACAAGCGCACAUACGCGUCGGUCGGCCGGGGAGCGGCCGACGUUGUACCUGAACCCCGUGUACCCCCAACAGCAGCGUCCACAAACCCACGAGCAGCAGCAGCAGCAGCGGCGGCGGCAGCAGCAACAACAACUAGAACUACAACUAGUACAACAACAACACAGGCAGCUGCCGGCCGGUGUCCGGCCGACGAAACUGUUGCUAGUGGUGGGCGGGGCGGCGGGGGUGUCGAAGGCGCACAGCUAACAAAGGGGCCACUGAAUGCGACGCAUUUGUCAGUUCCCGUUUAUUUGCGCACUGUGCAAAAGCUUGCCUCUGAGCUUGACGCAAACGCGAACGCCAACGCUAGCGUCAACGUCAGCAGCAGCAGCGCCGUUGACGUCGACGCCAACGUCAUGUCGGAAACGGGCUGUCGGCAUUAUCAGACCUACGUGAAGGAGCACAGCUACGAUACCUAUCGGGUCAUCGAUGCCUACUUUGCCGCCUGUGUCAACAAGGAUGCGCGUGAGAAAAAGGCCAUACACUGCAAUUGCUUCGAGUGCGGCAGCUAUGGCAUCCAGCUGUACGCCUGCCUGCACUGCAUCUACUUUGGCUGCCGCGGUGCGCACAUAACUAGCCACCUGCGCGCCAAGAAGCACAACAUCGCACUGGAGCUGUCCCAUGGCACAUUGUACUGUUAUGCGUGUCGGGACUUUAUCUAUGAUGCGCGCAGUCGCGAGUACGCGCUGAUCAAUCGCAAGCUGGAGGCCAAGGAUCUGCAGAAGAGCCUCGGCUGGCAGCCCUGGAUACCCACGCCCAAGGAGACCAAUCUGCUGCUGGCCAAUGCACGCCGUCGUCUGGUGCGACCCAAUCAAACGAUUGGUUUGCGUGGACUGCUUAAUCUGGGUGCGACAUGCUUCAUGAACUGCAUUGUCCAGGCUCUGGUGCACACUCCGCUGUUGAGCGACUAUUUCAUGUCGGAUCGCCACGACUGUGGCAGCAAGGCCACACACAAGUGCUUGGUGUGCGAGGUGUCGCGUCUCUUCCAGGAGUUCUAUUCGGGCUCACGUUCGCCAUUGUCGCUGCAUCGUUUGCUGCAUUUGAUUUGGAACCAUGCGAAGCAUUUGGCCGGCUAUGAGCAGCAGGAUGCGCACGAGUUUUUCAUAGCGACGCUGGACGUGCUGCAUCGACAUUGUGUGAAGGCCAAGUCGGAGCACGAGAGCAAGAGCAACAGCUCGAGCGCAUCGGGGGGCAAUUCCAGCUCAAGUUCCAAUGCAACGGCCACGCAUUGCUAUGGCCAGUGCAACUGCAUUAUCGAUCAAAUCUUUACGGGCAUGCUGCAGAGCGAUGUGGUGUGCCAGGCAUGCAAUGGCGUUUCGACCACAUUCGAUCCCUUCUGGGACAUCUCACUGGAUCUCGGCGAGACAACAACGCACGGCGGCGUCACGCCGAAGACGCUGAUUGACUGCCUGGAGCGCUAUACGCGUGCCGAGCAUCUCGGCUCGGCGGCCAAAAUCAAAUGCUCCACCUGCAAAUCGUACCAAGAGUCCACCAAACAAUUUAGCCUGCGCACCCUGCCCAGCGUCGUCUCGUUCCAUCUGAAGCGUUUCGAGCAUUCGGCACUGAUCGACCGCAAAAUAUCGUCGUUCAUUCAGUUUCCCGUCGAGUUCGAUAUGACGCCAUUUAUGUCCGAGAAAAACAAUGCCUAUGGCGACUUUCGUUUCUCUCUGUACGCGGUCGUCAAUCAUGUGGGCACCAUAGACACCGGCCAUUAUACGGCCUAUGUGCGUCACCAGAAGGACACGUGGGUCAAGUGCGAUGAUCAUGUGAUAACAAUGGCUUCGCUCAAACAGGUGCUCGACAGCGAGGGUUAUUUAUUAUUCUAUCAUAAGAAUGUUCUGGAAUACGAGUGAGCUGGCGGUAAUGGAGACAAGUUCAGCGGCAGCCAAUUGCAUCCAUUGAGACUGUUUCUCCCCCAAACACAAAUCACACAGAUACACACACACACGCGCGCACGCCCUCAUGGUGACAGCGCAUGUAGCAUACACAUACACACGCACACACAUACAAAUACAAAUACCAAGCAGACAAGAACGCGGCAGCGCCUACAACAAAUCUUAAUCUUAAUUAAUAAAACCAUAUUGUUCUAAGUAUUUCCAGCACAUAAUGCUAAAAACUAAACGAAUGCUAAACAAAAA